UCUGGGCGGGGUCAAAGUUUGCCACAAGCGCCAGGCGCUUCAGGACAUGGCGAGGCCUCUUAAGCAGUGGCUGUACAAACACAAGGAAAACCCCUACCCCACCAAGACAGAGAAGGUCCUGCUCGCCCUGGGGUCCCACAUGACUUUAGUACAGGUCUCAAACUGGUUUGCCAAUGCCCGGCGGAGGUUGAAGAACACAGUGAGUCAGCCAGACUUAAGUUGGGCUCUACGGAUCAAACUCUACAAUAAAUACAUCCAGGGCAACGCUGAGAGAAUGAGUGUCAGCAGUGAAGACACCAACUCUGAGGAUGAUGAGCUUCACUUACAAACUCCAGCUAGCCAACCAGAGCUCUCCAGGCCCUCACUUAAGAGUGUCAUCAAACAGGAGAACAGGACUGAUCCUGCCUUCAGUGACGACUAUGUCGCUCCACCCCCCAAGUACAAGAGCAGCUUGCUGAACCGGUACAUUAACGACACCCUACGACACGUGAUGGCAACCCCUGAUGACGUCACAAAGUCCCACCUGAGGAACCACUCAGGGUCGUUCAGCUCCAACGAGUGUGACGACGAACUCGUAUCGCCUUCUUCUUCUGAGGCAGAGACAAACUCUCUCUACCAUAUGGGUAAGGGAUUUCUUAUUCUUUGGAGACACUUUACUUGAAAUGCUGAACAAAGUCUACAGAACGCUGCCAUAUGCAGGAUAUAAGAGAUGUCAUAUGCAGACAUACUAGCUAACGUACUGUAGCUUUACAACGACUGGACUCGGUUGUGGAUCAGUGACAUGGCACUAGCUUACUUCAAGGGUUAACGGUAGAAUAUGCAGAAAUAGCUCCACCAUUUCCUGGUUGCUAAAAUUCGAAUAGUUUGCCUAAUUUUAGUUUACGUGACAAAACAAGCAGUCAUUAUGUAGAGAAUCAUUGUAUCGUCUAAACCAGGGAUGGGCAACAUCAGUUAAUUUUGUACAAUUCUGCACAAUUUGCC